AUGCCUUCAGCCGAGAUGCCGAUCGCUGCCGACGAUACCAGAGUCCUCGGACAGGAUCCUUUGAUCCCUCCUGCUCUCCUCACCUCCGAGAUCCCUCUCACCGAGGCCGCUACCAACACAGUCGUCAAGGGCCGUAACGAUGCCGCCGACAUCAUCCUCGGCACCAGCGACAGACUUCUCGUCGUCGUAGGCCCCUGCUCCAUCCACGACCCUGCCGCCGCCCACGAGUACGCCGCCCGGCUCAAGGAGCUUUCGGACAAGCUCUCGGACGACCUCUGCAUCGUUAUGCGUGCCUACCUCGAGAAGCCCCGGACGACUGUUGGUUGGAAGGGUCUGAUCAACGACCCUGAUAUCGACAACUCUUUCAAGAUCAACAAGGGUCUCCGAGUUUCGCGACAGCUCUUUGUCGACCUCACCAGCCGAGGAAUGCCAAUUGCUUCCGAAAUGCUCGAUACCAUCUCCCCCCAGUUCCUUGCCGAUUGUAUCUCGGUCGGUGCCAUCGGUGCCCGAACCACUGAGUCCCAGCUUCACCGUGAGCUGGCCUCUGGUUUGUCUUUCCCCGUCGGCUUCAAGAACGGCACAGACGGUGGCCUCGGUGUUGCCAUUGACGCCAUUGGCGCUGCCGCUGCUCAGCAUCACUUCAUGGGUGUCACCAAGCAGGGUCUGGCCGCCAUCACCCGCACCAAGGGUAACGAGCACUGCUUCGUUAUCCUGCGAGGCGGUACCAAGGGCCCCAACUUUGACAAGGAGAACGUCCAGGCUGCCAAGAAGACCCUGCAGGACAAGAAGCAGAAGUUGGCCAUCAUGGUUGACUGCUCCCACGGCAACUCUCAGAAGAACCACAAGAACCAGCCCAAGGUUGCCAAGGUUGUUGGCGACCAGCUCCGCGAGGGUGAGAAGGCCAUCGUCGGUGUCAUGAUCGAGUCCAACAUUGGCGAGGGCAACCAAAAGGUCCCUGCUGAGGGCCCCGGCGCCCUUGAGCGCGGUGUCAGUAUCACUGAUGCCUGCAUCAACUGGGAGGAUACCGUCACUGUCCUCGAGGAUCUCGCUGACGCUGUCCGCACUCGCCGCUCGGUCAACAGCGCCUAA